CCCCCCCCCCGAGCCAGGGGAUUGUGGUUCCGGUUCCGUCGCCGAGACACGUGAAGGUCGGCGAAUUGGUGCGGAGUCCGUUUUGGCAAGCGUGGUUGAACUGGGAUGGAUUCCUCUUCCUCGUCUUCCGCAGCGGGUUUGGGCACAGUGGACCCACAGUUGCAACAUUUCAUCGAGGUGGAGACUCAGAAGCAGCGCUUUCAGCAGCUGGUGCACCAGAUGACUGAACUUUGUUGGGAAAAGUGCAUGGACAAACCUGGGCCAAAGUUGGACAGUCGGGCUGAGGCCUGUUUCGUGAACUGCGUUGAGCGCUUCAUCGAUACAAGCCAGUUCAUCUUGAAUCGACUGGAACAGACCCAGAAAUCCAAGCCAGUCUUCUCAGAAAGCCUUUCUGACUGAUCUCAGCAAUUACCUCUUUGGAAAAGGAAGGUAGUUCAAGAAAUGAAGAGCUAUUGAUGGGAUGGUUGAAGAAAUGGCUAUGGGUGUACUGACUCCCACCUUUUGUCACUUUGUGGACACCUUAUCAUCUGAAAAUGAAAAAGACCAAAUUUUUAUGUGGGGUUUCAGGUUAUAUGUGUGUUUGGUUGUAUUUUAAUGCCAAUCUUGUGAAAAUGAUUGAUAGAUGAAUGGGAAAUUAUUAGAUGUAUAUUACUGUAUAUGGGGCUAUGCUUUUCUCAAGGUCCCCAUAACUGCUUCCUGUAAUUUUGGUAGUGGGACUGCUUUCUAUUUUUUGAUAGUGGCACCACACAUGGAUAAAAUCUAUUUGUAUGAAUUCAUUUCAGAUUUUUGGGGAGAUCUUUGUGUCUGUCAAAUAGGACAGCAGUAAGAUAAGAAAAAAUUGGCAGUAAAUGGGGCAUCUUAUCUGGUGAUUGACUGACAGUAUUGAAAAAAAAAUCUACGGAGUAUUUGUACAGUGCAUUUCAGUAUUCUAGGUUAUCUCCCUCCCCUAUACCAUAAUUUUCAUAAUUUAUCAUAUUAAAGUAUGGGUUCAAGGUAGACCAGGCAACCCAAGAAUCUAGAGGCCUUUAGUUAUAAAAGUAGUCUAGCAAGUAGACAUAAUUCUCAUUACUAGUUGGCCACAGGAAGAAGUUAACCUAUCCUAUAUAUCAGAGUACAAAAACUUCAAAGAUGUGCGUAAAGAAAUUACACAGAUUUAGGCCAGUCAAAAGCUAACAGCAAUUUUAUGUACAGGUGUAUGCCUGAUUCCAAUCAUUAUAGAUUCAAUGGGCUGCAUUCUUUUGAUCACUGAAAUUAAAAAUUAUACAAGAUUCAAAUCUGAUUGAGAGGCUUUCUAUGUAGUUUGAGCUGGCCUUGAACUCACUGCAUAGCUCAGGCUGGUCUUGAACUCACAGGGAUCCUCCUGCCUUAGCUUCCUGAGUGCUAAGAUUACAGAUAUGCACCACCAUGCCUGGUUCCAUUCUGGUUUUUAUCUGCACCUUAUAGAGAUUUAAUAUAGGCUCAUUCCAAUACUGAGAUUUAGUUUGUCUCUAUUCUAGUGGUUCCUGACCUUCUUGAAAGGGGAAUCUUGAGAUAAGAUAGGGGAGAAAGAAAUUCUGUGUGAACAGUUAAAUCCCUGAGUACAGUAGAACAACUUGCAUUGACUGUAUUCCCUUCCUCUUCAAAUUCUACUAGACUGGAAUAUAGAACUAAAGUACUUAACUACUUGUUGGGGAGCCUCUAGUACAAAUCCACGAGAAUCAUGCAAAUACACAUUUUUAGGAUACUUUUUUUUUUUUUUUUUGGUACCGGGGAUUGAACUCGGGUUCUUGCGCUUGCAAGGCAGGCGGUGGAACCACUGAGCUAAAUCCCCAGCCCAUUUUUAGGAUCCUUAAGUCACUGUUUUACCUUUUUCCCAUAUAGGCAAUACAAGAAAAUUUUUACAAAUCAUGAUGAAAACACAAUUCAACCAACAUUUAAGUGGUAACUCCACGCCACUGUUUCUAGUGACAGGGACUGAGCAGUAUAUAAAAAUAGCUGUAGACCUUGAAGAGCUUAUGUUGGAGCUAGGAGAGAUAGGUAAUACAUGCAUAAAUAUGUCAAUAUAGUAAGUGCCACGGGCAAAAAGAGUAAGUGUGUUAUUUUAUAGAAGAUUAUUAGAGAAGACUUCCUUGGGAAGGUGGCAUUUUAGCAGAGACUUGAAAGAACUAAGUGACCAAGCCUUGUGGCACUACAGAAGAAUGUUCUAGACAAAGGUAAUAGCAAGUCCAAAGGCCCCCCAAGGUAGGAGCUGUUACCGUAUGAGGUCAUUUAAAAGAACAGUCUCAAAAGGUUAGUAGAACUGGAGUGCAGGGUGUGAAGAGAAAGGUAAAAAGGUUGGAGAAAAAUGCAUGACAUGGAUUGGUGCUGAAUAGUGGUGUGCACUGAUCAUGUAGGGCCUUGCGGGCCAUUGUAAGGACAUCUGGCUUGUACAAAACAAGAUGGGGAGCCAUUUGAGGGAUUUCAGCAGAUGAGUUGUGUAAUACACUUUAAGUUUUAGGAGAGUCUGGCUGCUGUUUAUAGAACAUGCACAUGGCGAAGUAGUAGUAGUAAGAAUGAUGGAAUUUUGAAGACUAGGAGAAAUCAGGCAUUUAGGGUAAGUAUCUGGUACAAACUUUGUAUCUAUAUCCUCUUGCUGAUAUUUUUCCCUGAAAAAUUUAUUUAAUGUGUUUAUGUAAAACUCCAAGUUGUAAAACAAAAGGCUUGGGUUAGCAGACCCUUUUCCUGAAAUGAAAUCUUAACUUAGAAGCCUAAUAUAUAGAAUAGAAACACCAAGCUGUUCUGGUGGGGGUGUGUAUCUGUCUAGAAACCUGCCUGCUGUUCUCCUUAUCUCCUGGUGCCCAUAGUGGUGCUGGACACUGCCAUCAAACCUGUAGGGAUUUACCAAGCAUGCUAUGAAACUGGAACCAAUCUAAAGUUCUUGCCCAUGAAUCCAAACAAAUCUCUAUAGACAGUUGGAAUUCUAAAAUGUAAUUCAGUAAACACUGUGUAAAAAUAGCAUUUACAUGAAACAGAGGAAAGCAACUGACUCCUUUAAAAAAAUUUUUCUCUAUAUUAUUACUAUAAUUAAAAUUUUUUUAGCCUAGGGUGAUUUGAUUUCAAAGGUUAUAUAACAGCACAGCACUUCAUAUACUUCAGUACCCCUCCCACAUCGGUGGUGUUAGGGAUUGGACCCAGGGCCUCAUACAUGCUAGGCAAGUACUCUGCUAACUACAUCCCCAGCUCAGCCUUAUUUUUGUUGGCACCUUCUAGACUCAAGGUUGAUAGAGAAAGGUCUAGUAUCUGCAUCUUCAUUCUAUGUAGGAGUAAAAGUAUUUAGAUUCACUGAUGUCAAGUAUUACGCUUUUUGUACGAUUUGAGUGUAUCUCCCAAGGGUUCAUUUAGAAUAGACAUAUUAGAACUCAUGGCAUUUGAGUUCAAAAUAGGUUAUUUAUACCAAAACCAGAAUUUAUUAAAUUUUACGUUCAUGGCUUUAAUGGAAGCAAACUUAUCAAAAAUAUUUUCAUUAAAAUCAGAAGCUUAGGGCUGGGGAAUUAGCUCAGUGGUUCCACCACCUGCUGCGCAAGUGCAAGGACCCGAGUUCGAUCCCCAGUACCAAAAAAAAAAAAAUCAGAAGUUUAGGUCUAAUUUGCCUGGAUGAAGAAGCUCGGCUGGCUGAAGAAUGUGUAGAACUUGAGGGAAGUUCUAGUAAUCUUGUGCAAUUUAAAAGCAAGUAAACAUUGAAGAGUCUCUAGAGAUGAGAAUCACUAGGUAGAAAGGCCGGGGAUUUAGCUCAGUGGUUUCACCGCCUGCUGCGCAAGUGCAAGGACCCAAGUUCGAUCCCCGGUACCAAAAAAAAAAAGUGUGAGGAGAAUCACUAGGUAGAUAGGGGCUGUAUAGUCAUUUCAUGCCAAGGAGUGUGAGUGUGUGUGUGUGUGUGUGUGUGUGUGUGUGUAUGUGUAUGUGUGUGUGUGUUGCUGGAGAUGGAACCCAAGGCCUAACAGACACAUGCUAAGCAAGCACUCUAAAUGAGCUACAUCCCCAGCCUUGGAUUUUAUUUUGAAUGUGAUAUGAAACCUCUUAAUAUAUUUUAAGCAUGUGUUUUAGGAAGAUUAUAAUCACAUGAACACUAAAAGAGGAUAAGACUGGAAUUCAAGACCUGGUACAUUUUAAGAUAGAAAUGUAAUUCCAAGGCAAGCAUGGUGGCAUACCCUUGUAAUUCCAGGACUCAGGAGGCUGAGGCAGGAGGAUAGCUGUGAGUUUGUGGCCAGCGUGGGCUACAUAGUGAGUUCAAGCCCAGCCUGAGCUAUGAUUCAAAGAUAGAUAGGCUAGGUUUUGAUGAUUAAAUAUGAGGAGUAAGAGGAAACAAAUUAGGCAGAUGAAUCACUCAAGUUUCACCAUAUACAGCCUGUUCUUUAUAUCAUAUUACAUGUUUAUUCCUAAAAUAUGUGAAAAAUAUUAACAGCCACACUUGGUAUCCAUUAUCAAUAAAGACAUUAUCAAUGAAAUACAUAAUUUCAGGAAGAAAUGACUAAGAGGAACAAAGAGGGAUAUUUAAUAUUAAGUCAUAUUUCUUAGAAAAUAUAACAAUUUUUAUCUAACAUAGCAUCAAAAUAUGCCAUGCAAAGUAUGAUAAAAGUCAUCCCCUGGUAUCUGUGGGGGAUUGGUUCCAGGACCUUUGUAGAUACCAAAACUUGAGGAUGAUCAUGUCCCAUAUAUGAAAUGGUAUUCCUCUAAAUCAUCUCUAGAUUACCUAUAAUAUUUAAUACAAUGUAAAUGUUAUAUAAAUAAUUGUAUUGUGUAGGGAAUAAUAAAAAAGUCAAUAUGGGUUUAUUACAAA